GGUUACCGUUGCCGGGGCCCGGCGGCGGCGAUGGUGAAGGAAACGAUCCGGGUGUACGCGCGGGUGAAGCCGCUGGGCAGGCGGCAGCAGGCGGGGAGUUAUUCAGUUGAUGAUGAGGAACCUCUGCCCAGUCUGGAGAUUACUGUGCCACGUGACUUAGCAGAUGGGUUCAUCAAUAAUAAACGAGAAAGCUACAAGUUCAAAUUUCAGAAAAUUUUUGGUCAAGAGGCAAAACAAGAUGUGAUUUUUGACAGCAUUGCCAAACCAGUAGCAGAAUGUGUUUUGGCUGGAUAUAAUGGUACUAUCUUUGCCUAUGGUCAGACAGGCAGUGGCAAAACUUUCACCAUCACAGGAGGAGCAGAACGUUACAGUGAUCGAGGCAUCAUUCCCAGGACUCUAUCUUAUAUUUUUGAUAAAUUGCAGAAGGACAGCAGUAAAGUGUAUACAACUCAUGUUUCCUACUUAGAAAUCUACAAUGAAUGUGGUUAUGAUCUGUUGGACCCAAGACACGAGGCCUCCAAAAUGGAAGACUUGCCAAAAGUUGCAAUAAUGGAAGACUCUGAUCAAAACAUUCAUCUGAAAAACUUGUCUCUUCAGCAAGCAACCAAUGAAGAGGAAGCCUUAAACCUACUCUUCCUGGGGGACACCAAUAGAAUGAUUGCUGAGACACCAAUGAAUCAAGCCUCAAGCCGAUCUCACUGCAUUUUCACUAUUCACAUCUCCAGCAAGGAACCUGGAUCUGCAACUAUCCGACACUCCAAGUUGCAUUUAGUGGACCUUGCUGGUUCAGAACGUGUUGCAAAGACUGGAAUUGGAGGUCACUUACUGACAGAAGCCAAAUAUAUCAACCUCUCAUUACAUUAUUUGGAGCAGGUAAUAAUUGCCCUUGCAGAGAAAAACCGGUCCCACAUUCCUUACCGAAACUCUAUGAUGACCUCAGUGCUAAGAGACAGCCUAGGAGGAAACUGCAUGACUACCAUGAUAGCAACACUUGCUAUGGACAAAAGAAAUAUAGAUGAAUCUAUAUCAACCUGCAGAUUUGCACAGCGAGUUGCUCUUAUUAAGAAUGAAGCAGUUCUUAAUGAAGAAAUUGACCCCGCAUUGAUGAUUGUCCAGCUGAAAAAGGAGAUCCAGGAUUUGAAGUAUGAGUUGGCACUGGUGACUGGCAAGCAAAGAACAUCAGAGCUUUCCCAAGAAGAGCUACUUCAGUUGGAUGAGUUAAUUGAAACAUUUCUCGAAGAUAAUGAUCCUGGUAGCUCUCUGGAUGUUGGUGCUGACAUACGCAAGAUCAAGUAUUGCUUUGCUCACAUGAAGCAAAUAAUGAAUCGUCCAACGACUUCUGGAAAAAAACUGCUCUCACAAGACACCUCUGAAGAAAAAAACAGUAACAAAGAAGCAGAAGAAGAACUGGAAAAAUUGAAAGGACUUCUGCAACAAAGAGACAAUGAAAUCAAUAUUCUGGUAACUAUGCUAAAAAAAGAAAAAAAGAAAGCACUAGAUGCUCUUUCCCAGCUUAACGCCACCUCUGCUGGUUCUACAGUCUUGGAGCAGUCUCCUUCUAUGAGCCUGGAAGAAAGUCAGAGUCCAUCUAGAUGUUUUAGUCUGAAAGAGGCAAAAGAUUUCAGCUCUUCCGUUCCCAGACCACCUUUUCUUUCCAGAGAAACAGGAGGAAAGAUGUCACUUGGAUGUCAGGAAGCUUUUGAAGUUUUCAAGCGGGACCAUGCUGACAGUAUAACCAUUGAGGACAACAAACAGCUUCUGAAACAGAGGUUUGAUGAAGCUAAAUGCCUUGGAGAGAAAUUGAAUGAAGUGAGAAAUAAAAUAAACCAUCUGAAAGGGAAGAUGAUCCAGAGGCAGAUUCAGAGAGCAGCUCUCGCUGUUUCAAAUCCUUCUGCAGAACUAACGUUUGAUCCAGUAGAAGAGAAUCUUCGAAUGCAAAUUGAAGAAGAAAAAAAAAGCUAUAAAAUAGUCUACAGCCACUUCAAAGGGCUGAAGGUAGAGAUUGAGCACCUGCAGCUUCUUAUGAAAAAAGUGAAGAUGAAGCUGCAAAAAGACUUUGAAGUCUGGUGGUCUGAAGAAGCAAAAAAAUUGCAGCAGGAAAAGCCAGAGAUGGUUACCUCACCAAAUACUACCACUGUUUAUCCACAGUUUAUCAGAUCCUCACUGCAUCUAUCAACUAACAGUUUUUCAGACACCACAAGAGACAGCCCUUAUGAAGAUCCAGCUGUGAAAAACAAUUCAAUCACUUUUGGUAACCCAACUUUAAAAACAAGGACCCCACCAAGUUCAAGUACAUCUAUUCCUCUGACUGGAGACAGCCAGGCUGAUGCUGACAUCCUAGCUUUCAUUAAAGCAAGACAGAACAUUCUGCAAAAGAAAGGUAAAUCCUGCCAAAAAAUAGGAAGCCAGACUAAAGUCUCCAGUACAGCAUUUUAAAGCCAAAAUAGCUUUAGUCCACAUUAUACUGACACAAGUGAGAACUGAUUCUGGCUUCAGUUAUAUUACGUUAUGUUCUCAGCUGUUCUAAACACUUGAGGUUCUUCACAUGUUCUCCUUUAUUAGCUCAAUGCUGCAGUGCAAAACUGUGAAGGAUCUCUGUUUUACUCAGCCACCAUCAGCGAACUGUCUGGGGCACGCAUGGCUGUGCAACCAGCAUAGUAUAUUAUUUUACCCUUAAGUAAAUGAAUUUGAAUGUGGUUUCUAGAUUAUUAAAGUAUUUCCAAAUUUUUCUGUAUAGAUUUUCUUUUAAACUAUCUGUCCUGGUUUUCAUCUGGUACAAAUUUAAUUGUAGCAACUGACACCAAAUAAAUAUUACUCAAAUGAUUGCACUGUACCCCUGCCUCAGGAGGUAGACUGGCCCACUGUGCCUAGCAGAGAGUAUGUCCUUAACAGAUAUUUCACUAUAUCAAGGUCAGAUGAAACUUUCUAUGAGUAUUUGUCGUCAAAUCAGGUACCAAGAGCAAUCACAGGAAGGUAAUAAAGUUCACUCUAGAGUAGAGAUAAGUAAAAUUGGCAGGAAAAAGAAAGCAAUAAAUAAACAACAGUGGCAGUGCAAGGUAGCCUAAAAGUAAUUUAUCAUGAUAAAGAAAAAUGACCUGUGCUUUUUUUUUCCCCUGAAUAAUAGUUUUUAGUGGCAGCAACCAAUUAGACAGAAUAUGAGCGUGUUAGUGAUUACUGAGGCAAGAACUUUCCAUCAGCACUUUGGUGCUGAUGGCAGCAUUUUUCAACAAGCUAUCAGCACCUGGCAGAUGGUGUUAGCACUGUCACAAAGUGGGGCUUUGGAAUCACACUGCUUAUCAGAAAACUGUCAGGUAAACAAACACUGGCUGAAAAAACAGCCUCCCUACACUCAUCCAAAGCAAACACUUAGCACGCUUUGGCUAAGGGAUCCCUUUUGUCUUUAUUUAGAAAAGCUGUUGUCAGGUUUCUUCUGCAAAUGAAAUUAAGCUGGAUUUAUAGGCAGCUCAUCAGAAGAAGGUUAGAGAUAAAUGUCUUACAACAAAACUUUCGGGCCUUCAGAAGGUCCAAACAUGACUCAAUCUGUGACGUAGAGUAAUGUAAUUAACAAGAGCACAUCUUAUCCUAUGAUCCUCUCCUGGAUCACACCGUAUCAAGAAUGUCUGCCUCUCAAAUGCCUUUUCCAUCCUGAUUGUUUUCAGCCACAGGCUAUUACCUGGCAUCAUCCAUCAGUUUCAUCAUCUAUCAGGGACUAGACAUUAUUAACAUUGACAACUAUUUAGACCCCAAGUCAUAAAAGGUAUUCUUGCAGAACAAAGGAGAGUCAACACUUCUAAAAUUGCUCUGAAGUUAGACAAGAUGAGCUGCCCUAAGUAGAUGAAAAAGGAAUGGAGUAGCAUUUGAUCAUCCUGGCAGUGCAGGGCUGGAUGGCUCAACCAACUGCUAAGCAUAGGCAGGAGAACAAAAAAGUAAAGAGGCUGUGUCAGUUCAACAAACGUGUAGGGACCUGAUGUGUCAUAGACAAGAGACAGCUCAGCAGCAAGUUCUGAGAAGGAUUUG